CUAGUUAGAGGGGCGUAGAAGAAGGUGGUCUCGGGAAUCUUUGAGAAACAACUUCGGGAGUCAUGCAUUUUUCCUUUAAAUGCGUUCUUUUUUUGCAGGCUUUAAGCUUCUUUUCUCUCCUUAUUCAGGGACAAAAACUAGAGGAAGGUGUGGAUGAAGUGAAAAUAGAAGUUUUGCAUCUUCCAGAAAACUGUUCUCCCAAAAGCAAGAAGGGGGACCUGCUCAAUGCCCACUACGACGGCUACUUGGCAAACGGCACCAAGUUCUACUGCAGCCGGACACAAAAUAAAGGUCAUCCAAAAUGGUUUGUUCUUGGUGUUGGGCAAGUAAUAAAAGGCCUAGAUAUUGCUAUGAUGGGUAUGUGUUCUGGAGAAAAAAGAAAAGUGACAAUACCUCCUUCACUGGCCUAUGGAAAGGAAGGCUAUGCACAAGGCUUGAUUCCACCAGAUACAACACUGAUUUUCGAGAUUGAACUCUAUGCUGUGACCAAAGGACCCCGAAGCAUUGAAACAUUUAAACAGAUAGAUGUGGACAAUGACAAGAAACUUUCUAAAACAGAGAUCAAUUAUUACUUGAAAAAGGAAUUUGAGAAAGAUGAUAAACCACGUGACCAGUCAUAUCAUGAUUCCGUGUUAGAAGAUAUUUUUAAGAAAAAUGACCACGAUGGAGAUGGCUUCAUUUCUUCUAAGGAAUAUAAUGUAUAUCAACAUGAUGAACUAUAGCAUAUCUUUCUAAAUUCAUUUGGCUAUCUUUUGUAUUAUCUACAAAAUUAUUUUUAUCCAAAUUUUGCUUACUUUUUUCCUAUAAGGCCACAUUUUGAUACCUUGAAAAAUAUUAAUUUCUGAACUUCAGGUAAAUUUUUAAUAAUAAAUUAUAAUAUACCCCAAAAAGUAGUGGGAAAGGUAAGAAUUCUAUAUUCCCUGCUUUAUUUAGUAAUGCCUGUGAACACAGAUUUCAGUAUUUUGAUGAAGCAGCCAACAUCUCAGACUCAAAAUUUCUAAAACUUUAACUCAUCAUCUUUCCUCCUAAACUUGCCCUCCUUUCCAGCUUCUCUGUAUCUGUUCAUGACAACAUCAUUCUUCUAGACAUCCAGCCUCAAAACCCAGGAAUCAUAUUUGACUUCUUCUUCAAACCCUAUAUUCAGUCAUUUGCCAAAGACUAUCAUUUCUAUCUCUGCCAUAUUUUUCAUCUGUUCCUUCCUCCACUUCCAUCGCCACCCCCAACCCCAAUAACUUAGGCUUAUAUUGUCUCUUGUCUGACCUAUUUUAAUUGCUUCCUAACUAGUCUUUUCCCCUCCAGCUUCUUUCUCCUCCAAUUCAUCUUCACACAGUUGGUAAAGUAACUCUCUAAAUGGGCAACUGAUCACUUUACUCCCCUAGUUACAGAUCUUAGUGACUCCCCUUUGCCUACAGAACAAAAUAUAAACUUGCAUUUAUGGCUGUCUGGCACCUCAUGUAGUGUAUAAUACCCCAAGGAAAUCAAAGACAAACAAAAAUCUAGUAUAUACCAAAAUAUUCACUGCAACACUUUUAUGGUAACACAGUAUUGGAAAGUGGUUGUCCAUAGAUUAGACAAGGGCUAAAAAUACUGUGGUAUAUGAAUGUAAUGAAAUACUGCUAAAUACAAAUAUUGUUAAGUAGUCCAUUCAUAAUGAACCUGAGGAAUUUAGAGAAAUGUGGGAAUAUCCAUGUGAACUGAUGUAAACAAAUGGAAUCAAGAGACUUAUGUACACAAUGAUUAUAAUAUAAAUGAAAAGAUCACUAAAAGGAAACUGGACUCAGAAUAACUGGGGGAAAAAAGGAAAGUCCAGGAAGACAGAUAAUGAAACUUACCUUCUUCAUCGUGGUACCGAAGUAGAGGACUAAGAGGACAAACAUUGUACAAGUCAUAUUCAUUUACUUUAGAAGAGAUGUUUUUGUUUAAUUGUUGGUCUUUGCCACCAGGGGAACUUCACUCCCCUCACUGGGGAAGAUUGAAAUGACUGAUGUAAAGACAAAAGGCAUCAAUAAAAUAUUUUAAGGA